AUGGUAAACUCACUGGCUAAUAAACUGUCUUUGACAAAUGAGAAGUUACAAAAUCAAAUAUGGGACCUCAGAGAAACAGUUGCAGAGCUGGAUACUGAAAACCAGAAACUAUUGAAAGAAAAUGAAGAUAUAAAGGACUGGAACAGGAGAUUGCAGGCCAGUGCAGACUGUUUCAAGAUAUUAAUCGGGGACCUACACAGAGACGUGGAUAAUGCCAGGGACACAGUAAAAGACAGAGAAAACAAAAUCAAACAAAUAGAAUUGCAGAAUAAAAAUCUGGAUAAAAUCAAUGAACAACUGAAGGCAGAGAUCAUGGAAAUGUCCUGCCAGAUUUCUGCAUAUCAGGAUGAUAAAAUGUAUCAAGAGACAGACACAUUAGGAGAGAGAAAUAUAACAUAUGAAAAUGAGAGGUAUUUGGAACACCUGCAAAUCAGACUGGAAGUGAAGGAGAAGAUGUAUAAGCAAGAAAAGCUCCGAGCCCGCCAGUUAAGGGACACAUUAGAAGAAUUUGACAAGCUCAGGGAAUUUCAGAGGAAUCACAUUGUCCAAAUGAAAGGACAGCUUGAAGAGUUAGGUGAGGAAACUGCUCUUUUGAGAGUCGUGCAUGAGAACAGCUCCCUAGCUGGUUCCAUACUGCAUGAGUUUGCUGAAGCCGGGCUUCUGGAGGACUCACUCCCUUUGUUUAAGAAAGAAAAAUUCUUCUGUUACAUGUGGAGUUUCUUAAAGCUCUUGCUGUUAGUAGUAGUUUGCAUUGGACUUUUCAAUAACUACUUUACCACUGACACCUUUCCACUACUGUUUAAUGACAGUGAACUUGAUAUACUGAUACAAGCCUUGCAUCCAUACCUCAGUUUGAAAAAUGAAGGACUAUUACCAUUUUAA